GUCCCGCUAACAGAGCCGCUAUUGUUAGCCGAGAGCCGGACAGCAGCAGCGGAGCAGCGGCAGGUUCAGCCCGGGGUUAUCCCGCUCUCACCCGCCCUACCUGCUCAGGAUCCACGCUGUCGAAGAACAGAGGCGAAGCUGUGGGCAGGUAAAGGUAGGAAAGGAGGAAGGAAGCAAGGAAGGAAGGAAGGAGGGAGGGAAGGACUCCGAGGAAAGGAGGAAGUGGAUGAGGUCGACCGUUGGGCUCAACAGGUUAGCUCCUCCGAUGUUCUAGCAGCGGCUCGGACUUUUUCUCUCUAAAAACAAACCAAGAAAACACAAAAUGCCGUGGAGGAAGAAAAACAAGUCGACGAAGGAGCAUUUGGUGGACAACGAGGAGGUGAGCGGCGGACACGCAGGUGCUGGGAGCCUCGGUAAAUCCGCCGUGAACGGAGCCGGACUGCCGCCUCCACCUGCCGACCUGCGGCCGAAGCUGGUGUUCCACACGCAGCUGGCCCACGGCAGCCCCACAGGCCGGAUAGAGGGCUUCAGCAACGUCAAGGAGCUGUACGCCAAGAUAGCGGAGGCGUUCAACUUCAGCCCACCUGAGAUCCUGUUCUGCACCCUGAACACCCACAAGAUCGACAUGGACAAGCUGCUGGGGGGGCAGAUCGGCCUCGAGGACUUCAUCUUCGCCCACAUUAAAGGCCUCAAAAAGGAGGUGGAAGUCCAUAAAUCUGAAGACGCUCUGGGACUCACCAUCACCGACAACGGAGCGGGAUACGCUUUCAUAAAGCGGAUCAAAGAGGGCAGCGUGGCGGAUGGGGUGAAGGUGAUCUGCGUGGGCGACCACAUAGAGUGCAUCAACGGGCGCAACAUCGUCGGCACGCGGCAUUACGAGGUCGCCCGCAUGCUCAAAGAGCUCCCCAAAGACAAGGCCUUCACCCUCAAACUGGUGGAGCCGAUGAAGGCCUUCGAUAUGCUGGAGCCGAGGUCGAAGGGCGCCAAACCUGCCAACGACAACAAGAUGGGAACAGGGAGAGGAACUCUGAGACUCCGCUCCAAAGGUCCAGCUACUGUGGAGGACGAGCCGACAGAAUUCGAGGAGAAAGCCGUGAAGAAAGUAGACGACCUCCUGGAGAGCUACAUGGGCAUCAGAGACACCGAACUUGCUGCUACGAUGGUGGAGGUCGGCCGGGACAAGAAGAACCCGGACGAGUUCGCCAUGGCGCUGGACGAGACCCUCGGAGACUUCGCCUUCCCCGACGAGUUCGUCUUCGACGUCUGGGGCGCCAUCGGAGACGCCAAGCAGGGAAGGCUUUAAGUCUGCCGACACACGCGUUCACCCAGAAAUAACCAAUAAUAACCCUUCCCAAACCCACCUCCUCAGACUGGACAGACUGCAGCUCUGGAGUUUCCUUCCAUCGCUGUGUUCAGCUCCGCUCUGGGCUGGAGUCUGUCAGGAAUCAGCAUGUUUGGUGUAAAAACCUCCAUGAGAUGAGGACCUGAAGAGUUGGUGAUUAAUCCCACGUUGUAGAAACCUUUUGUACCUCGGAGACGCGAUAGCGGCGUUAAAAAGCCGCUGCAGUAACAGGAGUCUGUCACACUGGUUAGAAAUGGUACAACCUGAAAUUUAACCCACUCAGCUCUGAUCACGUUUCCAGCUGUGUAGUUUGGAACAUAGAGACGCACCGCACGGCUUUUUAUAGUCUCUUUUUUAUAUGUGAAAGUGCUGCUGAUUUAAAGCAGCAGCAUUCUGUAAUUAGCGUAAUUAUCGUAGCAAUAUCUGUCUCUAUGGCGACCUUUUAUUUCUGUUAAGAUCUUUUGAAUGAUAAAAAACAGACUGGGCUCUGUCCUCAUCAGGUUUUCUUCUCUGUGCCUGGAGGCCGAGCAGUAGAGUUCUACCUUUUUCCUCCAAAUGCCUUCAGCCGACACGUUCCUGACAUCUCUGCCUCUCUAGACCAGGGGUGUCCAACAUGAGGCCCGUGGUCCAAAAGCGGUCCUCCAGAGGGUCCAAUCCGGCCCUCAGAGUGUAGAAAUUCCAGAGAAGACAUUAACUGCAGAUUGUGAAUUAGUAAAACUAUAAAUUUAAAAUCAUUUCUAGACCAUGACAAGUUGUUUUGAUCAGAAAGUAAAAUACUAGAUUGCUCAUUUGUCAUUUUUUUUGUCUCCCUUGUGUUGUCUUCUUUCUUGUUUUGUUUCUUGCUUUUGUCCUUUGUCCAUUUUUUGUCGCUUUGUAAUGUUUUGUUGAAUUUUUAGUCUCUUUUUUCAUGUUGUUUGUCUCAUUUUUAUAAUUUUGUUUUACUUUAUUCGUCGUUUUGUGCAUCGUUUUUGUCUUGCUUAUGUCGAUUGUCCAUUUUUGGCUGCUUUAUAACUGUCUAGUUUUGUCUCUUUUCUUGUGUUUUGUGUCAUUUCUGUAAUUUUGUCUAGUUUUUUGUCUUUUGAUCAUAAAGUAAAACACUAUAUUGUUCAGUUCCAGUUACCUGUGACUUAAAGUCAGAGCUGUGGUUAUUUAGAGGUUAUUCUGCUGCAAAUGUGGAACCUGGACUAAGUUUGACACCUCUGGUCUAGUCUGUUGUCACCAAACUACGCAGAGAUGCACGGCUAGCAUUUUUUGUUUCCCUGUAAUUUAUUUUAUCAUGAAAAAUCACCAUGCUGUAAGACAUUUUAGGGCUCGGCAUGAAGCCACUCUGUGUCUGGAACGGGAUCAACUGCAAUCCGAUGUCUUAAAUAAACGCACUUUCUCUGUCAAACCGAUUUUAAAACGGCUUCAUGUGGAGUUAACUGUCUGACCGACCGCAAGGGAUCACUGCUGUCAUAGAAAUAAAAUGUGUCGUCCUGCUAUCAUCA